UCACCUGGCAUCCCUGAUACACACACGCAAAUUUAUGAUUAAGAUAUUUGUUUACACGUUCGUUUGAACUCCGCGUGCUGCGACUGUUCCACGAAGUGAUUGGAAUAUUAUUAAUAACUGGGCGAAAUAAUUGUUUACUGCGAUGGAUGGUGUAUCGAGAAUCCUUGGAGGUAUUGUGGAAGUUGAAGAUGGGAACAUUCGGAAGCUUUUAGGAGCUUUGGAUGAACAUCAAACGUUUUGGACUGAGGCACAUAAUGAAAUCGAGCCCCAUUUGACGAAAAUCAGUACCAUGCUGGGUAGUGCCCUCACCCACGAUCGAGGGCUCAUUGCUUUGAGUCAUUUUAUACCUCAGUGUCCGUUGGAUAUUCUUCUGGAGAAAACACAAUUCCACAUUAACGUUUGUGCCAAGAUCUGUGGCCAGAAAGGUCAUAUUGCGACCAUUCCUCUGGCCUAUGGCGUUUUAGAGAAAAUCCUGGUCAAAUCAUUGGACUCAUCUGAUCUCAAUAAAUUAAUCAUCAGCAACUUACCAAAAUUAAUGGAGAAUAUUACAACAACUGUAGAUCCAUUUACACAUUAUGCAAUGUUGGGAUUUCUUGAGAAGGCUAUGCGUUACUAUCCGGGAGUGUCCGGUGCAACAAAAAAUCGCAUAGAAGAAUUUUUGGUCAGUUUAGUCGAUUCCGAAGAUUCGCAAGUUGUCGAUCGAACGGGUACAUGUUUGCUGCUUUUGCAGCAAAUUCGAGGAGGAGGUCAGCAUGGAACACUACACAAGAAAACCUGGGAAGAGUAUCAGCUGAAACUCGUCGACACAAUUCAUGAUUUACUGGGGAAAGUUUUCCAACACACACCAGAGACGUUCGAUGUCGAAGAGAAUCUGGAGUGCCUGAAACUUCCUAAGUUGUCAACGAAUUAUGAGCCUGUUAACGACGCUCGCAAAAUUGUUACGCGUCUUCUUAAUUUAGUAUCUUACCUUGAAAAGGCAAUUGUGGAACCAUAUCCGGUUGCUAAACCAUUUCGCCCGAUGAAAAUCUUGAAUUUAAUUUUCCGCGGACAUUCGAUCAGUUGUCAAACUAUGUCGAAAAAUUCGAUCCACGAGAAUCUAGCUUUCGGCAUGUUUCUUCCCCAGAUUCAAGCAGACUUGUUGAAGGUUCUUGACGGACUAGUGCUGGUACUCAAGUUGAAUCUGCUCCCGUUUGGAAAUCUGAUCACUGAUCUCUUCGAGCAAAGCCUCAAAGCCACACUCACAGUGGAUGCAAAGGGGCGCAAAAAAUCGUACACAUCCUUGCGGUCAAGAAUAUACGGAUGCGUUGCGCUGUGGUGCGAAACGACUAAAUUUGCCAGCGGAAUCGAGGAAACUGUGGAUAAUGUGCUGGAACACAUCGUGCAAGAUGUUACACCAUACGAAUCGGAAGUGACGCUUACGGUUAACGCCAGUGGACAAAAACUCUCCGCAAAAGCUAAGAGGAAACUCCGGAAGCAACAGAACGCAGCAACGGCUCUGUCCAAAGCCCAUUCUACGGAUCCAUUCGAGAACACCAAACAACUGCGGUGUGAUUCCGGUAAUGAAACGCUUUGCUUGGCCGCUCUUCGAUGUCUCACCAAAGUACUCGAGGCUGCCGGUUGCUUCAUCAAGCCCGUCAUGCACAAACUUCUCCAGGAGAAGAUUGUGUCGCUUUGCUUUUCGGUGUUUUCUCAACUGAAUGCGGGAACACGUCAAAAUCUAUACCACGAGCCUAGCUGCCGUAAAGCUUUACUCGUCGCGUUGAACGCCUUGAGUGUGAAUCCUCACCACCUUUGUCCACCUCCGCUGCAAUAUGGAGCGUCCUUAUUCAACGUAGCUGAAGUGCGGGAUCCGAACGCAGACGUUCGUUCUGUGGCUUCUGCCCUGGGACGCACAACAGAACUGUUGUUGCAUCCACGCAAAGAGGUAUUCUAUUUCCCGCUGGAGGAAAAUGCUGUGAAGGAUAUGCUGAUGGCCAAGAAGAAACAUCCCCUUAAAAGUUUGUUCUCGGCGGAUAAACAAGGACACAACGCUGGUGGAACGUUGAUUUCGUUUGGCGAAUCACCAAGCUUUGACGAGAGCCAAGAAGAAAAACGCGAAUUGGGAACAACUUCAGAAACCGAACCCAUUGCUCGUGUUGAAGAGAUUACAAUUGACGAAGAGAAGUCCUCGGAGAUGGUAUAUGAUCUGGAAGAUGAAGAUAACGAAGGAAACUUCAACAAGGGCGAACUCCAGAAAUCAACAAAUGACAAAACAGUCGAAUCGCAGGUGAUACACAUCGAUUCCGAUGAUACCGUGGAUGAAGUACAAGUGGCGGGUAGAACUCAAGCUGAAUUGUCUCCGAUACCAGCGAACGGGGGAGCGAUCCAAGUGGGAAAGAACGAAUCGAUGGAAAGGCUUGCAGUUAGCGAUGAUGAAGUGCACGUUAUAAACGAGCCUUUGUCAGACCCUGCCUUAGGAAAACCAGGAAAACUAGCGUCGCCUUCUAGCGAAUCGUGGAAUCAAAAGAAUAGCAACAAACGUAAAUCGACUACUGAGAAUAGCACAAAAGAAGCUGAUUCUUCUGAGAAGAAGAGCAAGGUAGUUCUCGAAGACGACGAUGUGGAUGCGCGUGUUGAUGAUCUAGUAGCAGAAUUUGUUGAUGAGCUCAACGAUGACGUCUAAUAAGUUGGUCACACGAAGUUUAAAUGAAAUCUUAUUAAUAAAAAAUAUAUAAAUUUUCCCUUCAA